AUGACUGAGACCUCCGGCCCCGAUCACAUCCCCAUGGCCAACCCUGCCACAGCAGCAUGGGACGUCCCUAUCUCCAGCACCGACCACAGCAAGCUCCUUAAGGGCUUCUGGCCGCAGGACAUGGACGAUAAGUGGGAGCUGCGCGCCGACGGUCCGGACGCGCAGGGCAACUACAUGCUGCGCAUGUACAGGAGCUGGACGGGACGUGAGCAGGUGGCCCUGACGGUGCAACAAACCAAGAUUUCUCGCAUUCAGUGGAUUCAGCGUGACGAAUUUGGGGAGAACGAUGCUAAAGAUUUUGCAAAGGCGAUUUGUCGGGGUCUGUUAGGCUGUGAUUUAGAGGCUUUGUCGUAA